CAAACUCUUUUUACCCGCAAAAUAAAAAGAAACUUUUAAAUAAUGGAUUAUCAAAAGGCAAUGCUGGAGGAGCUCAUGUCUCAAUAUGUAGAUGUGGACAAUAAGGAUUUCUGGGACGAUAGCGUCUGUAAGCAUUACCUUGUUGCAUUUUGUCCGUCUCAGCUCUUCACAAACACAAAGUCUGAUCUUGGUGCUUGCGACAAGAUUCACAAUGAUCGUUUAAAGGAGCGUUAUCAAAAGACAGCAGAUAAGAAUAAAUAUCCUUAUGAGGCCGAAUUUUAUGAUUAUCUCAAUAAACUCAUUUCAGAUCUCACACGAAAAAUCCGUCAAGGUAAUGGUAGAUUAAACAUUCAAAUGGACGACAAGGCGGCCGAAGCACGUAAAGAAGAACGAGAAGAAAAGAUGGUAUUAUUAGAUGUCAAGAUUAAGGAGUUAUUACAAAAGGUGGAAGAAGCUGGUGAAGAAGGCCGCGUACAAGAAGCCACUGAACUGCAAAACGAGGUCGAUAAGCUCCAAGAAGAAUUGACCCAAUUCAAAGAGAAUGCAGAUGGUGCUAGUAAGGCAGAAAAGCGUAUGGAGGUAUGCGAUGUUUGUGGAGCCUUUUUGGUUACAAAUGAUUCUUCUGAUAGAUUAGAGGCCCAUUAUCAGGGUAAGCAGCACCAGGGCUAUUUAAAGAUUCGAGAUACAAUUGAGCAGAUGCGCCAAACUCGUCAGCAGCAGCAACAGCAGCAACACCACCAAUCGAGCAGCAGUAAUUAUUCGCGUCAACGUUAUGAUUAUAAUAAUGAUCGCCGAGAUGGAGGUAGGCAUAGAGAGUAUCGUCGCUAUUCUGACCGUGGCUAUAACAGGGAUAAUCAACGUCGUAGCGGAGAAGAUGAUUUUGCUGGUGAUGUUGAGCGUUAUAGCAGAAGAUCACGCCGUGAUUAUUCCCGUUCUCGUUCUCCAAGCAGACGAUCUCGUUAUGAUUAAGUAGGUGAAACUUUUUUUUUUGGCAAUAAAUUAAAGCGUUUUAUCUUAUUUGUGUGGGCGUCAAGGGAUGUUGUCAUGG